UGUGCACUGGCUACUGCACCGAGUGCAGCCAUCCGUAGCGCUCGGCCCCGCGCCAAUCGGGGAACUUUUUAGUCGAUUGGGUGCGGGCACAGAUAAUGAGCACUUAUCUAUGGUGCGGGGAUGAUCUUUAUCGGUGCGGUGAUUUCGGUGCUCGGUGCGGUGAUAUCGGUGAUCGGUGCCUUCCCCGAUUAUCAAUGAAUAGUGAUUUAAAUUGGCAGUUGCCCUGCGGCCAACAAGAACAAAAUGUAACCCUAGUCACGUGAUUCUCGUUGGCCUAUCAGAACGCAAGGUCACUGGUAAGAUUAACCCCCUAUGUCUGAAGCGGUACUAUCGGUGCAGCACCGAUUAAAGCACCGUUCCGCACCGAAAAAUGAAAUCCCCGCACUGAACUUCCCCGAUUCCUUUUUAUCGGGGAAGCUUAGCGGUGUCUCCGAUUAGAAUGUGAUCGGGGCCGAGCCCUACCCAUCCAAAAUCGACAUUUGACCAUAGAGAAAGCAAGAAACCCGGAAAAGGCCUCAGGUGUGAUUCGUCUUAAACGAUCGACUAGUCGUGCGCGACCCAUCUGUCAAAACUAGUAGAAUUGGGUUAGCAGACAAAAAUGUUUGUUUACAAUAUUUAAAAAAAUUGUUGAACUAGCUACCAAUUGUCUAGUUGCACGUUAAACUUAAACCUACUUACCUCCCUAGCUACCAAUUGUCAGUGGUGAUAGCAUUGUAACUCCAUGGUUUAGAGUCAUAAUUUUAUUGGGUUUUUUUACUACGGUUACACCUAAGAAUCGUAGCCGAACUAGAAAAUGGAUUUAGGAAAUUUGCGACAAUCGUCCCAAUUUCGUCUUUUAAAUUUAUUAACAAAAAUAGCUCCAAGUGAUGUCCAAAAAGACUUAGUUAUCCAUGAAGAUCUGAUGAAACCAAUAGAUUUGGUCUCAGGAGCACGGUUACUUCGAGAGCAAGGUGUUGACAAAAUGUUUAAGCUUGCUUCUGUAGCUCCUCCCUGGAAAAAUUAUAUUAGGCUGUACUUCAUUCCUUCUAUCUAUGCUGUGGCUGAAAAUGUUGCCAAGCAGCUAAAAAGACAUGGAGUGGAAAAGACAGUUUCGUAUCAUAUCAUUGUCGUACCUAAAGUAUUAACAGUAAUCCAUUCUUUGUUUGAAUCACUGGGAGUUUUGGAUUUUGUAACACUACAUAGUUAUUCUUGGGAUUUCAUUCCACUUGACUCCAACUUGCUGUCACUAGAACUUCAUCAUCUUUUCAAGGCUUCAUUUUUGAAAGAAGAGAAUUCUUUAUUGACAUCUGUGGCCAAAGCACUUAUGAGUUUUGAAUGCCUUUUGGGAAAGUUUUCCUGUGUGAUGACAUUGGGUGAAAAGUCUCAAAAAGUUCACAACCUACUGAAUACUUGGAAAAAUGAAAUUCAGCCGACUUUUCCAGUAGAAACGGAAUUUACCCACCUCAUUAUGUUAGAUCGUAAUAUUGACUUUGUAUCGCUUCUUUUGACUCAAUUGACUUACGAAGGAGUAUUGGAUGAAAACUUGAAAAUGAAAUCUGGCUUUGUGUAUUUGGACGCUAAUGGAGCUGAAGGGUCUCAAAGACUAAUGUUAAACUCAGCUUCUGAUGAAAUUUAUGGCGAAAUCAAAGGAAAACACAUAUCCGCCGUGUUUCAACAUUUAAGCAAAAAAGCUAAAGAGCUGCAGCAGAAACGAGAUAUAAAAAAUACGGACUCGAUAGAAGAAAUGAAAAACUUUGUUUCGCACGAUUUGAAAAGGAUCCAAUCUCAGCAAAAAUCUUUGGCUUUGCACAUCAGUGCCUGUGAGAUUGUAAUGAAACGACAGGCAGGAAUACUUGAAGAGCUUCUUGAGUUACAGGAAGACGCGAUGUCUGGCACUAAAAUGAAAGAAUACCUGGCUUUUCUGGAGGAUUCCAUAGCUCGCCAAUUUAAUUUGGCCACCAUUCUCAGAUUGUGCUGCCUCCAUUCGAUAAUGGAAGACGGUUUACCUGAAAAGGAAUAUCAUUUGCUUCAGAGACAAUUAUUGCAAGCGUACGGAUAUAGACACCUAACAACUUUGCAUUACCUCCAGCGGUUGGGAUUGUUUAACCAACGUGAUUCUAAAAUGAUUAGCUUGGAACCUUUACUGCCUGAUAGACUCGCGCGUGUCGCACACGCCGCCUCCUUUAGAUCAGAACGCAUGCCGUUUCGGAAAAUCUGCCAACGUUUAAAUCUAUUGCCGCUAGACGAGUCUUCCCAACCCAAUCCAUGUGCUAAAAGUGGUCAACAUCCGAGUUACGUUUUCGGUGGAGUUUACACACCUCUUGUUUACCAUUUUGUUGAAAGAUGUCUCAAAGAGAAAGAACCGUCUUUGGGUGACUACGUUCGCUGUUUUGGUAACAAUUUGCGGAUUGGAGAUUGUAGUCAUCCUCAGUGGGGCGCUCGUGGAAAGAUUUUGGUCUGCUUCAUCGGUGGUGUUACUUUAGCUGAAGUUGCUUCCCUUGACCUUUUGUCUCGCCAGCUUGGUCGGCAGAUAGUAGUAGCAACUACAUCUACUAUCAGCGGCUCAGAUUUCAUGGAAUCUAUGACGUCGCAACACACAGAUACGUAGAAAAUUACGGAAUACUGAUUUCUUUUACGUCUUUAUUUACACGUUUCAAACACCAUCAGCAAGAGCUACUUAUCAGUCUGUACAGCAAAUGUGUGUGUUAAUACAUCCCCCCUAUGUUAUGAA